UUUCUUCUUCUCGGAAAGGCAAGGAAUUUAAUGGGAAAAUUACCUUUAUGGAGGUUUUGGAUUCUUUUUUUAUUGUUUCCUCAAUUUAUUGAAGCAGUAAUUCGAAAUAAUAGAGUUAUUCUUCACGAUGAACAUUUGCCUAAUGGAGGGGAUGAUACAGAUUUGGAAGAAUGGACAAAUGCUAGGGAUGAGGGAAGAAGAAGAUUAAGAGGGGAAACAACAAUUAAAAGUAAAAUUGAAGAAGGGGAGGAAGAAGAAGAAAAUGGGCAGGAAAGGAGCAAAAGAGAAAUUAAUGAAUGGAAGGAUAGAUGGCACAAUAAAGCUUUAAAAUGGGGUAAAAGUGAUGAAGAAUUAAAUAGGCAACAAAUUAAUGAAUUAAUGAAAAACGAAAAAGUUGAGAAAUUAACAGAAAAUUCAACGACAGAAAAAGAAAAGAAAAACUUGACAACCGAGGAAAUGUCAGAAUUAAAAGCUUGGAAAGAAAGGAGAAUGAAUAACGAUAAUAAUAAUAAAAAUAAAUUAGUAAAUUUAAAGAAGGAAUGGCCAGAGGAAAAUAGGCAACAUUUUGAAGGGGAUAUAAUUUUGAAUGAAAAUCAAGCAAAUAAAUUGUUUGAAAAUAUUAAAAAUAAUAAAAAUAAUCAACACAAAAGAAUUAAAAGAAAAUUUAUUGGUUCAAAUAUUCGACGAUGGGAUUCUACAAAGCCUAUAAUUUAUAGUUUUGAUGGUUCACACACAUUAAGAGAACAAAGAGUAAUAGAAUUAGCAUUAGAACAUUGGCAUAAUAUUACUUGUCUAAAUUUUGAAAGGAAAGAUGAUGAACCUAAAGGCUCUAGAAUUGUAUUUACUGAUGUUGAUGGGUGUGCUUCUAAUGUUGGAAGGCAUCCUUUGGGAGAACCUCAAUUUGUCUCUUUAGCACCUGAAUGUAUUCGAUUAGGAGUUAUUGCACACGAAGUAGCUCAUGCUUUAGGGUUUUGGCAUGAACAAAGCAGACCAGACAGAGAUUUAUGGGUACAAGUACAAUGGGAUAAUAUUGAUAGAGACAGUAAAGGUCAAUUUUUAAAAGAACAGCCAUCAGAUGUAGACAAUUCUGGAGUUCCCUACGAUUAUGGAAGUAUAAUGCAUUAUAGAUCCAAAGCUUUUGCUAAAUUGGACGAUUUAUUUACUAUUGGGACAUUUAUUGUAGACUAUCAAAGAACUAUUGGACAAAGAGACCAACUUAGUUUUAAUGAUAUUAGAUUAAUGAAUGAAAUUUAUUGCCGUCAAGUAUGCCCCAAACAACUUCCAUGCCAGAGGGGUGGUUAUACAGACCCUAGACAUUGUGAACGUUGUCGCUGUCCUGAUGGAUUUACUGGGGCAGUUUGUGAACAAGUAAUGCCCGGUUAUGGAGCAGAAUGUGGAGGCCGUAUAGAAGUUGGACAAAGUUGGACGAAAAUUUCAAGUCCAAAUUACCCAGGGGAAUUUAGGGAAGGACAGGAAUGUUCGUGGCUGUUAGUUGCUCCUGUUGGACAGAGAGUACAAUUGCAAUUCUUUGGUGAAUUCGAAAUGUAUUGCAAGGUCCGCCAUUCUCUUUGCAUGGACUAUGUUGAAGUGAGGAACAGUACUGAUUUUGCUAAUACCGGAAUGCGUUAUUGCUGUUAUGGAACACCAACCUCCCCAGUACAUUCAGCCACAAACGAUUUACUUGUUCUCUUCCGUUCAUUCUAUCGUGGUGGACGUGGUUUCCAAGCAAAAGCUAAAGCAAUAAAUGCAUCAAGAAACGGGCAAUGGAGUGAGUGGGGGGAGUGGACAGAAUGCAGUGCUACUUGUGGUGGUUGUGGGUUGAAAAGAAGAAGUCGAAAGUGUUUUAAUGAAAUAAAUAAUACAAAAACAAAUAAUGAUGAAAAUGGACAAAAUUUCAAUGGAAAUGAAGACAAUGAAUUAAUUUGCUUAGGUGUUGACACCGAAACGCAAGUUUGCUCACGCGAACCGUGUCCUGGGCUCUGCUCCAAACCCAUAUCGGAGGAGGGGGAAUGCCAAGGCUUGCUCUCGUUGUUAAAAGGUGUUCGUUGUCAAAAACAAAAAAUAAUACAAGAAGAAUGUCACCAAACAUGUUGUUCUGGAUUUGAAUUGAAUAAACAAUUGGGGAUUUGUGUUGAAAAUAAUUUUUAAAAUUUUGUUUUUAAUUUUUUUAAUUUUUAUUUUAAUAAAUAAUUUAAAUUAUCAAAGAAAAUUUUUCAGAAGACCAAGUCUUCACCCAAAAUCUAAAAGCG